UAGUAAUCAUGGCGGCGGCGGCGUUCGUAGUCCCUCGGGUGAAACAGAAAGCGGGAGCUACGCGGAGAGGGAGCGAAGAGCGGGGCUGAGGCGGCGCCGUCCCUGCUGGGAAACGAGCCCACGGGUCCGCGCAGCCUCGGCGGACCGAGAGCUGGCUGCAGGGCGGAGGGGGAGAGGGAGCGGGCAGGAACCCGAACCAGAGCACCAGGGAGCCGUCUUCCCGGCCUCCGAGCGGAGGGUUGAAGGGUUAUUCAGCAUAUUAAUGCCUUAUUGAUAAUGGCAGAACACCCUCCUCUGCUGGACACAACUCAGAUUUUAAGUGGUGAUAUUUCCCUUCUAUCUGCCCCUAUUGUAAGUGCAGAUGGAACACAACAGGUUAUUCUGGUACAAGUUAAUCCAGGGGAAGCAUUUACAAUACGAAGAGAAGAUGGACAGAUUCAGUGCAUUACAGGUCCUGCUCAGGUUCCAAUGAUGUCCCCAAAUGGUUCUGUGCCUCCUAUUUAUGUGCCUCCUGGAUAUGCCCCACAGGUUAUUGAAGAUAAUGGUGUUCGAAGAGUUAUUGUGGUUCCACAGACACCAGAAUUUCACCCUGGUGGUCACACAGUUAUCCACCGUUCUCCCCAUCCUCCUCUGCCUGGUUUCAUUCCAGUCCCAACCAUGAUGCCCCCUCCGCCACGUCACAUGUACUCCCCAGUAACUGGAGCUGGAGACAUGGCAACACAAUAUAUGCCACAGUAUCAGUCUUCACAAGUAUAUGCAGAUGUAGAUGCUCAUUCUGCACAUGGAAGGUCCAACUUUAGAGAUGAAAGAUCUAGUAAAACAUAUGAACGUCUGCAGAAAAAAUUAAAGGAUCGACAAGGAACACAGAAAGAUAAAAUGAGCAGUCCACCAUCAUCACCCCAGAAAUGCCCUUCUCCUAUAAGUGAACAUAACGGAUUUAUAAAAGGGCAGAAUGCCAGUGGUCUGCAUACAGGACCAGCAAAAAACAAAUCAGGGAAAGGAAAAGGUGGUAUCCAAGUUGAUGCAGAAAUAGAAGAAAAAGAUGAAGAAGCUAAAGCAUUAGAAGCAUUUCUUUCCAACAUUGUCAAACCAACGGCUUCGGAUAUCCAGGCAAGGACAGUGGUACUUACCUGGUCACCACCUUCCAGUUUCAUUAAUAGCAAAACAGAAGAAACUACUGUACCAGAGCUCUGCAUUUAUGAAAUUCUGGUCUCAAGUACUGGAAAAGAUGGGAAAUACAAAAGUGUUUAUAUAGGAGAAGAAACAAGUGUUAUUUUAAAUGAUCUCAAACCAGCCACUGAUUACCAUGCAAAAGUACAGGCAGAGUCAAAUUCUAUAAAGGGAACUCCUUCAGAAGCUGAAAGCUUUACUACUUUGAACUGUGAACCUGACAUACCUAAUUCACCAAGGAUAGCCAAUCGGACCAAAAACUCACUCACUCUGCAAUGGAAGGCACCUAGUGACAAUGGUUCUAAAAUCCAAAGCUUUAUUUUAGAAUGGGAUGAGGGUAAAGGAAAUGGAGAGUUUUGUCAGUGUUACAUGGGCUCCCAGAAGCAAUUUAAAGUUACUAAACUGUCACCAGCAAUGGCUUAUAAAUUUAGAUUGUCAGCAAAAAAUGACUAUGGUACAAGCGGCUUUAGUGAAGAAGUCUUAUAUUACACCUCAGGCUGUGCCCCCUCUAUGCCAGCAAGUCCUAUAUUAACCAAGGCUGGAGUUACUUGGUUGUCCUUACAGUGGAGUAAACCUUCAGGAACACCAUCAGAUGAAGGAAUUGCUUACAUAUUAGAGAUGGAGGAAGAAGCAUCCGGAUAUGGUUUUAAGCCUAAAUAUGAUGGAGAAGAUCUUGCUUACACAGUGAAAAAUCUGAGACGUAGUACUAAGUAUAAAUUUAAGGUUAUUGCUUAUAACUCAGAAGGUAAAAGUAAUCCCAGUGAAAUAGUAGAAUUCACUACCUGCCCUGAUAAACCAGGAAUACCUGUUAAACCUUCAGUUAAAGGAAAGAUACAUUCACACAGUUUUAAAAUCACUUGGGAUCCACCAAAAGACAAUGGAGGGGCACCCAUCAAUAAGUAUGUAGUGGAGAUGGCAGAAGGUUCUAAUGGAAACAAAUGGGAUAUGAUAUACAGUGGUGCUACUAGAGAACAUCUUUGUGAUCGGCUGAAUCCAGGGUGUUUCUAUCGUUUACGAGUUUACUGCAUUAGUGAUGGAGGCCAGAGUGCGGUCUCUGAAUCUUUACUUGUGCAGACUCCAGCUGUGCCUCCUGGACCAUGCCUUCCUCCCCGAUUACAGGGUAGACCCAAAGCAAAAGAAAUACAGUUACGAUGGGGACCUCCUGUAUUUGAUGGUGGAUCACCCAUCUCCUGUUAUGCUGUGGAAAUAUCCUCUACAGAAAAAGAUGAACCCAGAGAUGUCUACCAAGGCUCCGAAGUGGAAUGUACAGUGAACAACCUUCUUCCAGGAAAGACUUACAGCUUCAGACUACGUGCAGCUAACAAAAUCGGGUUUGGGCCAUUUUCAGAAAAAUAUGACAUUACUACAGCCCCUGGACCACCAGAUCAAUGCAAGCCCCCUCAAGUGACGUGCAGAUCUGCAACUUGUGUACAAGUGAAUUGGGAGAUUCCUUUGAGUAAUGGAACUGAUGUCACUGAGUAUCGAUUGGAAUGGGGAGGAAUUGAAGGAAGUAUGCAGAUAUGUUACUGUGGGCCUGGCCUCAGCUAUGAAUUAAAAGGACUUUCUCCAGCAACUACCUAUUACUGCCGAGUACAGGCUCUGAGUCUUGUGGGUGCAGGUCCUUUCAGUGAGGUAGUAGCCUGUGUGACUCCUCCAUCAGUUCCUGCCAUUGUGACUUGUCUUCAAGAAAUAAAUGAUUAUGAUAUAGAAAAUCUCCAUUAUUCACCUUCUACAUGCCUUGCAAUAAGCUGGGAAGAGCCUUAUGAUCAUGGUUCAGAAAUCCUUGCCUACAGCAUAGACCUUGGAGAUAAGCAGCCCUUGACAGUGGGAAAGAUUACAAGCUAUAUUAUAAACAAUUUGCAACCAGAUACAACAUACAGAAUACGAAUUCAAGCUUUGAAUAGCCUUGGAGCUGGCCCUUUCAGCCAUAUGAUAAAAUUAAAAACUAAGCCCCUCCCUCCUGAUCCACCUCGUCUGGAAUGUGUUGCCUUUAACCACCAGAACCUUAAGUUGAAAUGGGGUGAAGGAAUGCCAAAGACACUGUCAACAGAUUCUAUUCAGUACCACCUUCAGAUGGAAGAUAGGAAUGGAAGGCUUGUUUCCUUGUAUAGAGGACCAUGUCAUACAUAUAAAGUACAAAGACUUAAUGAGUCAACAUCUUAUAAAUUCUGUAUUCAAGCUUGUAAUGAGGCCGGGGAAGGUCCUCUCUCCCAAGAAUAUAUUUUUACCACACCAAAAUCUGUUCCAGCUGCCUUGAAAGCCCCAAAAAUAGAGAAAGUAAAUGACCACAUUUGUGAAAUUACAUGGGAAUAUUUACAGCCAAUGAAAGGUGAUCCAGUUAUUUACAGUCUUCAAGCUAUGGUGGGAAAAGAUUCAGAAUUCAAACAGAUUUACAAAGGUCCUGACUCUUCAUUCCGGUAUUCCAACCUUCACCCAAACUAUGAGUAUCGAUUCCGUGUGUGUGCCAUUCGUCAGUGCCAAGAUCCUUUGGGACACCAGGACCUAGUAGGUCCCUACAGCACCACGGUACUCUUCAUCUCCCAGAGAACAGAACUGCCAGCCAGCACCAACAGAGACACUGUGGACAGCGUGCGGACCCGGCGCACACUUAGUGAUGAGCAGUGUGCCGCUGUCAUCCUUGUGCUGUUUGCUUUCUUUUCCAUUUUGAUUGCCUUUAUUAUUCAGUACUUUGUAAUCAAGUGAAAAUACAAGUUUAUUUUUAACAGUGUAUUACAUUUUAUUUUGUCAUGUACUAAAAUUAUGUCUGUAUUGCUUUCACAAAAAUGGUGACAUUUAGCACUAGGAUUGAGACACAUUAUUUGUGGCAUUUUCAGUGCUUAUUAGAUAAAGGCUGAUACUUUAUUAGAAUGCAAGCCACAGAAACACCAAUUUGGGGAGGACUUAUGUGGAGACAUCUUACAUUUUUUUCCUUUUUUCCCCCUUUUAUUUUCUCUUUUGAUACUCUUUCUUGUAAACAAACUCCCCUGGAGGCAACAUUUAUAAUUGUUGUGACCAAUAAGCAUGACUAUAAAAACGAUGACCAGAUCUAUUUGUUUCAAAGAUUAUUAGCAAGUGAGAAUUUCCAAAUGACUAGAAGUCAUACUAACAUGCUAUAUAAAAAUGUUCAAGUCUGAUGCUGUGAAAGCAAUCUAGUGCAAUAUUUCUACCUCCUCGUUUGUCUUAAUUGUUCGUUGGUGGGGUUAUGAUGGAUAACUGGAGGGGCUUAGCAUACAAAAACUGGAUGAAAGACUGUAAGUAACAAAAGAAGCCUUUGGUAAAUGUGGAGUUCUUCAUUAUAAGUAGAUUUGAAAUCACAGAUAAAAUCAAAGAAAGCACAGGCCCACAAAUAUUCUGUUUACCUGAACAGUACCUAUUCAGGUCUGGAGGAAAAAACAACAUUUGUAGUAACUUUUUAAGAAUUAAUCAUAAAAACUAACUCUGAAUUUGAAAUUUAUUUGGCUUUUGUUUUCUGAGCCUUUGAAUUAUAGUCCACUGUGUAUAAGAACUAUAUGUAAGGGCAUAUGCAUAUACAUGGGACAUAUAUAGAGACUGUCAAGUACAGAAAACUACACACUCAUUCCAUUUCUUUGGUGUAAACCUAACUUUACAGAACUCCCUUAAGUUUUACAGCUUCUCUCAUAACUACUACCAUUGCCAUCAGAAUUUAUAAUCAAACUUAACUUUUUUGUUUGGGGUACCAAAUCUGAAGACAAAUUAAUUUGCACCAGUAAAUGUCAAGCUGCUCUCUUUCUUGAAAAACUAGUGUUUAAUGUCUAAUGUCUGUUUGGAUAGUGUUCCAAAUUGUUGAUUGCAUGUAGUUAAUGUUGCAUUAGUGUACUUUGCAGUUGCAUAAUUCAUUAAUGUUUUGUGAGCUUGCAUUUGUGAGUUAUUGGAUGAUUAGAUUGAAUUUUGUCAACUAUCACAUUGUACAUCUUGCCUACAUGUCAAUGACUACCAGUAAUAAUAGUCUGUAAUGAAAUUAUAUAAAAUUUUGUUCUAUCACAUCUGUUAUCUGUAAGACACCUAUAACUAGCUUCUUUAAUUUAUUAUUUGAAUUUUAAGGUAGUGAAUCACUAAUUUUUUAGUUGCUGAAAUUUGUAUUUUAGUAAUUACUAAGCACUUCUUUCAGUCAAAAAGAAACGUAUGCUUUGUGCUUUGAAGAUCUUUGAAGAAUUUCCCACAUAAUAGGAUGGGCAUGUAUUGUAACUGUUAUAUGUCAAAUGAUCUGUGCUGUAGGAAAAAAAUUAAUCUUUGUUUAAAAAAGAAACAGAUAAACUUGGCCUUUCCAAGUGGUAAGAAAAAUCUGUCACUAUACUAUUACUGUAUGUUUACAUUUUAUUUAAUCUCUUAUGAAUAUAUGAAUAUGAAUUUUUCCCAAAAACAACAGUGAUUACAAUUGUUUUCUAGAAACUUCUUAGAAGUGCCACACUUGGCAGUACAAAUGAGUUUGAGUGUAAGAGCCCAGAGAUUUCUAUAUAGUUUAAUGUCUAAAAUGGUGAAAUGUGCCACACAGUGGCUUAUGUUUUUCAUAGUAAUUCAAAUGAACUCCUAUUUUUGAUAGUAAAUGUCAUUUAAUAGUGUACUUGCCAUUUGAACCUUACUGCAAAAUUAGUACAAAGAAGGAAACAAUUUUUAAUGUAAUCUUGAUUUUACCUCAUAUACUGUACAUUCCAAAAACUUAACUUUUUAAAAGAUUAUAGAUACACUACCAAACAUAUCAUCUGAAAUUGUAUAGGAUUAAAUUUCAUGUAAGUGAAAAACUAUAACCUUAUAAGGAUACAUAACUAUGUAGCAAAGUAUCUAUAAAAUACAUGGAAAAUAAAAGUUGUAUCAUUCUUUUUUGAGA